UUUAAAUUAAGUUUUUUUUAGGUUAUAAAAUGCAAAAAAAAGAUAAAAACUUAAAAAAGCCAUGAGUAGAAUUUCUUUGGAACGAUGUUUUGAGGAUGCAGUAGAUAAAGGAGAGUUGUUUAUACAGCAAAAAAAUCUGAAAUCUUUUCCAAUAUAUGUAGAUGAUUAUGAUCUUGCAGAUGUUACUCGUGUUGAUAUAUCAAGGAACAAGUUUUCUGAACUCCCACAAGAGAUUUUAUCUUUUACUAUGAUGGAAAAAUUAAUAUGUUCAAAUAACAUGCUAAAAUCUUUGCCCGAUGUUAGUCAUCUCAAUGCCCUAUCUUAUUUAGAUAUAAGUCAGAAUCAUCUCCAAAGUCUUCCAGCUCACAUCUGUUCAUUACCGUUGAAGAUAUUAAAAGCUAGCUACAACAAAUUAACAGGUCUUCCUACUCAAAUAGGACUUCUUUCAAAGUUGCAAUCUCUAGAUGUUUCAUGUAAUGAAUUAACAAGUUUACCAAGUACAAUGGGUGAAUUGUCUUCUCUACGUCUACUUAAUGUCAGAAGAAAUCAGAUAACAGCCUUACCUGAUGAGUUGAGCAAGUUAAAAAAUCUUUCUUCUCUCGAUUUUUCUUGCAACAAGGUUUCUAUCAUACCACCAGCUUUUCGUUUGAUUACAUCACUUACUUGCCUUGAUCUUGCAAGCAACCCACUAACGUCGCCACCUGCUCAGAUUUGUUUGAAAGGGAGACUUCAUAUUGUAAAGUAUCUUAUUUUAGCUGCACAACAACAAGAAAAGAGAUGGACAAUGACAUCAGAAUCUCGGAUUCAGAGAUCACCUUCUUCUAAUAGUUUAUCCAGUAACAAUGGCAAUGAGAAAGUUUCUACAUUAGAAAGGAAUCAUGAUGUUUGUCACUUGCAGCAAGAUGACAUUCAGCCAAGAGCAAGGCGAACUACCAUCACAAAUGAAAAUUUUAAUGAACAGGACAAUGACUUUGUUGAUGCAACGUUGCAGUCUAAAACAUCUUUCAUAAAUUCUGUUGAUGGCAAUGGAGAUGAAAGAAGUAAUUUUUUUUUCCAAUCACCAAAUAUAACUAUUCAGCAAAAUUUUGCUAAAUCAAGAAUAGAUAGUACUACAUUAACUUCCACACCUGUUGAAAUUGGAAAGUCAAACAAUCCAUCAACAGAAAAAGUAAAAUCUAAAAUCGGAACCACACCUCUAACUUUAAAUUUAUCUACCCAAGAGCCUGUUUUAAAUGAAAAAGGAGAACUCACACCUCAAGCCACUACUCCAAACGAAACUUUUGAUAUGGCCCCAGGGACCAUGUCUCUUGAGAGAAAAACUAGUCGUUCACAAUCAAAUGUUGAGUUAAUAAGCGAUGGCAUAAAAACAAAACAGUCACCUAUGUUAUCACCCGGCGAUCAAUCUAAGCUUUAUACAAAUACACUACCUGUAGCACCAAAAACAGAUGUGGUAUUUGAGGGUAUUAGUCCAAGAAAUCCACUAAUUUCGAAAAAUAAAAAUUCAAAAUUCUUAGAUGCAGCAUCAUCUUACACAAUGAGAAGAAUCUUUGACUCUGCCAAAGAAGAAUUUGAACAAUUAGAAAAAUUAAGAGAGGCAAUUGAAACAAGACUUCGUAUUAAGUUACCAGACGACCUUCCUGCAUCUCUUUCAGAUGGAAUUGUCUUAUGUCAUUUAGUAAAUCAUUUGCGCAAAGGAACCAUUUCUGUGAUACAUGUACCCAGUGCAGGAGUGCCAAAGUUGACAAUGCCGAAGUGUCAAAUGAAUGUUGAUGCUUUUUUAGAUGCUUGUAGGAAAAUUGGAGUAGAAAGGGUUGAUCUAUGUUCUCCUGGUGAUAUUCUUGAAGAAAAAAGUCCGACUAGGCUUUGUAAAACUGUACAAGCGCUACUGGUUGCAUUAAAUUUUAGUCCACCUUUGCAAGGUUCAAAAACUACUUCUACUGUGUAGCACGGUAUAUCAUAAUAUUAUUUGAAAGUUGAAAAUGUCAACAUUCGUCAUGUCAACAUUGUGAAUGUCAACAUUCGUAUAACAAACAACGAUUUAGUAGUUAGAAGUUUUUUAUUCAAAUAUUUUUCUUCGUCUUCCGUUCAUAUUUCUAGGUUUCUUUUCUAAUCAAUGUCACUUUUUAUUUGUAAAUUGACGAUAUCAUUUAUUUUUAUCUGUUAUAAAUAUAUACAAACAUGUAGCAUAGAA